AUGGCUGGAAGACCAGAUUUGCCAACAAGAUUUUUCAAAGUCAUUUUGCCCUCAACCACUAUCCAACACAAACUGAGGCUCCCGAAUACUUUUGUGGAAGCAUACAAACACGAACUCUCCAAUGUUGUCAAACUCACUGAUCAUGUUGGUGGUUUUUGGCAUGUGAGAUUGGUAGAGGAGGAAGAGAUACUUUGGCUUGAUCGUGGCUGGGAUAAGUUUUUUCAGGACCACUCCAUUGAACAUGGAUAUUUUAUACUCUUUAAAUACAAAGGGAACUCAAGCUUCAAAGUUCAUAUAUUUGAUAUGACAGCCACAGAGCUUCACUAUCCAUUUUAUAACAGUCGUAAUUUUAAAGAAACCAAUUCUCAUCCGAGGAAUUCUAUCCCUCAAAGAGAAGAGCAAAGUGAUGACGACUCUGUUGCAAUUCUAGAUUCCCUCCCUACAGAACUAGUGGCCUCCCCUUUGAGAAGUGUUGCUCCAAAUGGACGUGUGGUUCAGUCAAGACGUGAUGAAAAGCGAUCACAUCGUGGUAGAAAAAGGGAUUUGGGAAAGAAGGCCGUACACAAUGCAGGAACAAUUCUGCUUACAUAUCCUUCUUUCACAGUCAAGAUGAAAUCUAACCUGACUCCACAAUGGAUAUUGUACGUGCCAGCUCAAUUUGCGAAGGAAAAUCUGCCAAAUUUUUCGGGUAAUAUUGAACUUCACGAUUCUGAUGGUAAGAAGUGGCCGGUUAAUGUCAGUAUAAGACUUGGUUUGGUGCGUUACUUAUCUUGGGCGGCAUUUGCAAAAGCUAAAAAAAUCAAGGUUGGAGACGUGUGUGUUUUUGAACUAAUUCACAGCAAUGAACCUGCUGUGCUGAAGGUCUCAAAACUUUGCAAGACAAGCGGAGUGCUGAAACAAAUAUGA